CACCUCUCCAACGGGCAAUAUAUAAUUUACAAGUGGUCGGACUCCCAAGCAUUUAUCUUUGCUGUGUUGUUAUAUUUAUAGGCCUGUACGUCAGUGACACAUCAGUUGUGCUGGCAGAAACGAGAUAUCGUGGAUCGAAGGCGUCAUGGCAGAAAAGCGUCCACCCGCCCGCUCCGACCUGGAGAAAGGCGUGAAUGGCCUACACCUGAAUGACGUGGCCCUGGACACCAGGGCACUGCGCCCAAGGUUCCAUUAUGACGGCACCGUUACAGAGCCCCUCGUCCCACCCAUCUACCAUUCCUCUACAUACAAGUUGAAGUCAGUCGAUGACUUCCUGAAAGUCAUGCAUGAGGGUGGGUCAGUGUAUUCCCGUCUGUCCAACAUCACCACAGAAUCUACCGAAAGUGCAAUCAACGCCUUGGAGGGUGGGGCGGGCAGUCUGGUGUUUGCCAGCGGUAUGGCAGCCAUCUCCACUGUGUUUCUAGCUCUCCUCCAAAAGGGGGACCACAUUGUGAUGAACGUGCCGGUGUACAGCGGCUCUCAGGUGCUCCUCAAAAGGCUUGUCCGUAAGUUUGGUCUGGGGGUGUCAUGGGUACCCGCAGGCUGCUCUGUAGAUGAAUAUCGCCGAAACAUCAAACCGAACACCAAGAUUAUCUAUGGCGAGAGUCCCUGCAAUCCGGACAUGUCCAUCCUAGAUUUUGAGGAGUUUGGUAAACUGAGCAGCUCGCUAGAUGGUGUGAUAUCUGUCGUGGAUUCCACAUUCGGCUCCUGCUAUCUGCAACAGCCAAACAAACACGGCAUAGACAUAAGCCUUCACAGCUGCACCAAGUACAUGGGAGGACACUCCGAUCUGAUCGCCGGCAGUGUCACUACCAGGACAGUGGACCUGUGGGAGAGACUCAAGACGUGGCAAACGAGCCUUGGCUGUAUGUUGUCCCCUCACGACUCCAGCCUGCUGCUGAGGGGACUGAAGACGUUGCCCAUCCGCAUGAAGAAGCACAGCGAGAACGCCAUGGCGGUAGCCAAGUACCUGGAAGGACACCCGAAGGUAAACCGAGUGAUGUAUCCAGGCCUGCCGUCACAUCCUGGACAUGAAGUCGCAAAAAAGCAGAUGACGUCAUUUGGCGGGAUGAUCAUGGCAGAUAUCAAGGGAGGGGUUGCAGGUGGUCGCGCUGUAGCCGAAAGCCUGAGGAUAGUGACCCUGGCAGUGUCCCUGGGUGGAGUGGAGAGCAUCCUGGAGCACCCCAUCACCAUGACUCACGGCUCCUACCUCCUGACUCCCGAGGAGAUCGCAGAGAACAGGAUAACCCCCGGACAGCUGAGAAUCAGUAUUGGUAUCGAGGACGCAGACGACCUUAUCGCCGACUUCAAGCAAGCCUUGGACAAAGUGGUUGUGUGAAAAAAGUUCAGCUCAGGACAAGAUCAAGAUGUUAUGCAGAAUUGAUAUUAUACAGAGCAACCGAUAAAAACAUUACAUACAAGUUCCCAUUGCAGACAGCUUACAAAUGCAAACAUCCAGUCCUUGGAUAGCUUCCAAGAAACCCGCACUGUCCUAGUGUCAAGGGGUCAAAGAUCAUGCCAUCAAAACUUCAUCUCAGCUUCAAACAACAGAUAUGAAAACAAACUUUACAAUAGCGCCCUGACUUCAUAAUUUGCAUUCAUCUUAAAGCUUCUAUAGAAGUAUGGGAUGAUUAGAAGUGAUGCGAGUGACUCACAACGUUGUACCUGCACUGCUCUAUCUGUAACUUGGACCCUAAUGUCAGAGUCUUCUACUGGUUUAAAGACAUUAGUUCAUUUCUGUACUCGACUAAUAAAGCAGACAAAUACUUUGUCCAGUAUCCGUUGAAGUCAAUGCUUAUUUCUAUUUAUAAAAUGCAGUCUUGUGACAUAUUGAAUAAACAGUUUCCUUAUACGAAGGACUCGGCA